CGGUUCGUUUGUUCGUUUUGUCCAUAACAAUUGUUGUUUUCUAUUUUGUGUGUUUCGAUUUAUGAAUGGUACAAUACAGUUGGUAUUAAGUGAAUUGCAAAAUAAAAAAAAAUAAACAUUUGUGAGUCAAUGCAGAUAGUGCAAGUUUGGACAUUUUAACAGUUCGAAAACUAAUGCAGUGACAUUAAAAGCGGUUAAUUUAUCUUGGACAUUGCUUUAAGCACAUUCAGUUGAUUCUCUCGGUUUGAGACCAGUUUACAUGGUGAAAUGAUUCGAAGAAGUGGAAAAUUCAAUUUAUCAAUUUAAUAGCUAUGUGGAAAGACGAAGAGAAAAAAAGCAACACGUCAAGCAGCAGUGCACAAUUUAAACGCAGCCACUCUACGACAUUGUAGUAAAUUACACGUUUCGAUAAACUCUACACGUCCUGAAUGCUUUCGCGUUACGUAUUUUAUCAAUUAAAAGAAGAAACUUUUCGUUCCGUAUUUUAUUCAAAAUACAUUGGAAACGAGAAUGUAAAGUGGUGCAAUCCUUGCAUAAACUUAUAAUGAAUUGAAAAGAGCCCCCCAGCUUUAUUGUGCAGACAGAGACAAAAAAUAGAUACAAAACACAUACGAUUGAAAAAUUAUGCUUAAAAGUAUUAAAAAAAAAAAAAACAACAACAGAGAAACAAAAGCCGAGGUAAAAAAGAAGAAGUGUAUAUAUGAAUACAAGUGAAAAACAUUAACAAUCACGAUAAAAACUCUCAAUGGCACCAACAACCAAAUAUGUAUAGAAGAACCAUAAUUUAAAACAUAAUUCAUACAAAUAAAUGAAGAAUAGUAAUUGAAAAAGUAUAUGCAUACAUGUAAUUUGAUAUCGUUACAUCAAUGGAUAUUACAAAACCACAAAUUCUCCAUUAGAUUUGCGACACCUUUUUUCCUGCUUUCCAAAAACUUUACAUAUUUACACAAACAACGGCAAAAACAGCUAAAUGAAUAUCCAAUGAAAAAUGUAGCCCGAAAUUCAAAUAUUUUGUUGCACAGAAAACCCAAAAAAAAACUGAACAAUAAACAUAUAUUGAAGGAAGUUUAAUGUAAUUAAGAACAGAUAUAGAACAACAUCGGAAAAUAACUUUCGUAAAUGGUGUCAAAAAAAUUUGUUUGACAAAAAAAAACAGUGAACACGACUUUGAAACAUUGAGUGGGAUGCGAUUACAAUUGGUCUAUUGCGCAUUUUGAUUAUAUUAAUUACAUUUGGAUUAGAGUGAAUUAAAUAAACUGUGACCGAAACAGAAAGGGUUACGAUAAUUACGAUCGUCAUAGUCUCAUGCUGUGGCAUUUAAUUAUCAAAAACUCUGAAAGAACUCUGCAUUUUCCAACAGUGUAUGAAAGACAGUGAGAUAAAUUAAAUCGAGUCUUUUUUUUGUUGAAGGAGCAGCGUGUUCUUGGGUAUCAACCAUGAUAGCACAUAUCAAGUCCAUUGAAAAAAGUGAAAUUUGAAUUCAGACAUACGAUCCGCUUGCAUAUGUGGAAUAAAAAUACUUAAAAUAAUCAAAAGUUUUUGGAGUGUAAAAAUCUUUUGUCGCACUAUGUAAAAGCGUACGCUAUUCUCUUUUUGUGUAAAAUGUUUUAUUUAAAAUAGAAAUAAAAGUGCUAAUGUGCAUCUGAAUUUGAAUUUCAGAUACAAAACUCUUCAGUUCAACUUGAAGAAGAAGAAAAAAACUAAUAGCAAACUUCUAAAUCCAGACAGGGCAACUUGCUGUACUUGUAAAAAUCAUUAGAUUUGAAGAUAAGAUAGAAGGAAAACUAUCCCAAAUAUUUUAUGUGACUUGAUUCCAUUUGAAUUGUAGAAAUUCGUACGUGAGAUUAGAUAAAUUUAUGUUUUCCAUAACGGUGGCAAAGUUUAGCUAGCUUUAAACAUGUGGACCCUGAAGGCAAUGGCAAAGGAUUUACGGUCUGUAAUUGCUAUACUAAGUUUGCUGAUAAUUUAUACAGACAUUACAUUUGGAUUAACUAUUCGCAUUGAGGUUCCGUUGGGUGUCCGUCGUGGUGAUGAUGCGCAUUUAGUAUGCAAUUACAAUUUGGAAAAUGAUACUUUAUACAGUGUAAAAUGGUACAAAGGUCGGAGGGAAUUCUAUCGAUAUUUGCCAAAAGAAAAUCCGGCUAUGAAGCUGUUUCCGGUGGCCGGUAUAAAUGUGGAGCAUUUACAAUCGAAUGCCAGUCAUGUUUUAUUGAGAGCAGUUGAACCAAGCAUAUCGGGUAAAUUUUCUUGUGAGGUUAGUGCCGACGCACCCAGUUUUCACACCGAAGUACAAUCAAGUAUUUUGGAAGUUUGUGAUUUACCAAAGCAGGUUCCAGUUAUAACAGGGAUUCAGUCACGUUAUCGACAUGGCGAUACAAUACAAGCGAAUUGCACAUCUUUUAACUCAAAGCCAGCGGCAAAUUUGACGUGGCUGAUUAAUGAUGUGCCGGCAUCUCCGUCUCUUAUUCGACAGCACACUCCAAUUAAGAAUGUCACAAACUUCUUGGAGACGACAACAUUGGAAAUAAAUUUACUAGUCACAAAUAGCUAUUUUACCAGCAGCUCGCGAGGGCGACUUAAGUUAAAGUGUUUGGCAAGAAUUCAUGAUAUUUACGAGGAGUCAGCAGAACGGUCAGUUGAAGAUGAUACAACAAAUGUCAAUGUGAUGGCUUCAGGUACAUCAGCUCACAACAUCAAUUCGUAUCAAUCGUUUGAUCAUCCCCAAGACGGUGAGCCUAGCAGUGAUGGACUUUAUUUAACACAUCAAACAAGUGCUUCCGAUUCAUCAUCAGCGCGAACAAUAAUGCUGACAACAUCAUAUUUGAAUGCGUUUAUUAUUUACGGUUCAAUAUUGUUGUCAAUUGGAUCUCUAUUAUCAUUAAAAUGGAAUCAUAAUUCCUGAUAACAACGACAGCAUUUGCCAGCCACCCAACAGCCCGCAUCAACCGAACAGCUCUAUAACCAGCAUGAUAAUUCUCAAAUAAUGCAUACAAAUGAUUUAAGCGUUUGUUGAAUAUUGGAGACCGGCGGCUGCUAGGCGGGGCGGCGACGGUGUACAAGAAAAAUGAGCCGUAUCUUUAUUGCAGAAAAGAAUCUAUGUCACACAGGAUAUAUAUUCAACAAAUUAAAUUAGUAAAACAAAUUAAAUGUCCAAAAAAUGUAAGUUUCAAACCGAAGCUUGUCAAAAACAUAUGGCUAUCUAGUGAAGUGCAGCGCUCGUAUUAUUCGGCGCGUUACCAAAAUAAACACUUUAGUGAAGUUACAAUUAAUUUUAAAAUAAAUGUGAAUGUUAAAUGUUCGCUCACAAUAACUUUACAAAAUUAAAUGAAAUGUUGGAAAUGUGAACGUUACUAAACAAAAAAAUCAAAGUAUAUAGUAGAUAAAUAUGGUAGCAAACAGAGUUGCACUUUUAUCAUGCUGUUGUUGCACACGUACAACGUGCAUCGAAAUGUAAUCAAUGUAUACGGCACACACAGAGAUAUGGUGUGUGUUUGAUGUCUAUGGGGAUGUACACAGUAUGCACUACGACAGCAGGGAAUAGAACAGCUUCACUUGCACACCAUACUACUAACAUUACAAGCAGAUAAGCAAAUCGAUGUCUUCUAGCUCAUUUUUCUAAAAAAAAUAGAGCAACCAAAUGGAAAGUAACAUUUUAAAAUUACAUUUUUAAGAACUGUGUAUAAGUAUAUUCAUAAACAUAGACUUUUAAUGAUAAUGAAUUGGCUUAAUUUGAUUAGUACUCUUACGAAAAUGGAUAUUUCGACAUUUGGUUUGCAGAUGAAAAUUAAAAUCUCAUUCAUUUUAAUAGUAUUAUCGUAUGAAAAUGAACAGCAAAUUAUUUACAUAAAAAAUAUUGUUGUCGUUCAAAGAGCAAAAAUUAAAAACUGCAGAUUGUUGCUCUGAGCAGAAGUAAUGAUAAGAAGGCAAACGAGGGGGGGGCAAUGCAAUAGAAGAGCUUUUAACUCGAUUUAAAAGAACACUGCCAAAAAGUAAGUCGACAGGUUCUUUCCAGAAAUUCGGAGAAAUGCGCGAAAAUUCGUGAAAAUUCAAACAAAUUAUUUCCACAAAUGUCAAUGAAUUUCCUCGAAUCUCACAUUUUCCGAAAACUACUGAAAAUUUUGUGAAUUUGAAAAAAAUACGAGAUUUAAAACUGUAGCCCUCCCCUCAUUUGCCUCCUAACCAUUACUCCUACUUAAAGAUACAGUUCCUGUUAAAAGCAAAAAAAUGUGUAACCAAACAUGUAUAUACUUGUCCGUAAAAUACUCAAAUAACUAAAACCAUCAUGCUCUCUUGCCCAUUGAUGGGGAACCUUUAAGGCUUUAACUUUUGAAUCGGUGUGUAUUCAUCCAUUUACGUGUAUUCCAGUUUGAAAAAUUAAAAUACGCGCAUUCCUGUUUGAAGCAAAUUAUUCAGGGCCUAAAUUUUCGCAUUUUCUGUGUGUGUGGGGAGGGGUGCAAAUAACCCUUGCUAAAAAGCAAGGAUAACAAAUAAUAAUACGAUUAAGGGACCUUUGACAUUUCUUGUAGGGGCCGAGAGCGUGGAUAUGGGGAUCAUGAAUAUUGUUAUAAUCAAAAAGAGCCACCACGGCAUACAAUAACAAACAAAUUUUAUUGAAAAGCAGCUUAGAAGUUAGAUGGUUUAGUUGAUUUUUACGUUUUAAUUCUGUUGAAAUUCGUUUAUAACUAUUUUAAAACAAAACUUCAAUUACAAUGCAACAUAUGUACGACGCAUGCUGGAUCUAAGAAACAUUUAACAGAUACAUAUAUACAAUUUUAAAAUCGAAACAUCUUAUUUCAACAUUUAAUGAAUUGAACUUGAUUGAUGACAUUCUUUACAACGAUGCGAUAUUAUUAUCCGGCAUCAAUGACGGAGCAUCACUGUGUACGCAGAAACAAAUAUUCGAGUAUGCUUACUCGCACUUGCGAUGUUAGCAGAGAGUCUACCCCUCAAAAUGAGUAACGCACUCUAUUUUACUCUCUUUUUUUUUUGUUAAUUUCAUCCAUUGUGAAUGCAUUGUAGGGAAAGAAGAGAUACAUGUCAUAUGUACGUUGAACGCAUGCGGCUAUGACUACACGUGUAUUUCUUCUUUCACUAUGAUGUGUUCACAUGGAUGAAAUUAACACCAAAAAUAGAGUAGAAUAGAGUGCGUAACUCAUUUUGAAGGGUAGACUCUCUGCUAAUACCGUAAGUGGGAGUAACCGUACUCGAAUAUUUGAAAUAUUUGUUUCUGUGUACAUGCUUCAUUUAUUGACAUCAGCAUAUGUAUAUUGGUCAGAGUAUACAAUGAAAUGGGAUAAAAUCAAACAGAUUUUCAAGUGUGAUUUAAACGAUCUUUUUUGUCAUGUGAAAGACCAUUACGUACGAUUCAUAUAGGUUACGCAAUAAUAUGUGAAUAACGACAACAAUCCACAAAAGAAUCGUAUCGUUUGCAUUACAUUAAAACAUCAUCCAUAUAUAUAUUGGAUUAUGUGUUUGUAUUUAAAUUAACACACUUAACGCAGAUAAUAAUUAUUAUUAGCAAUCAUAAAAAUCCGAAUAAAAUACAUACAAAAUGCUGGGCAGAGGAAAAAAAAUAGAUGUUAAUUAACUGCGAAAUGCAUACAUUAGCCUUGGUAAAGAAUGCAGCAUUUGACAAUGCACAUAACACAAUGAGUAUAACUAUAUAUAAAUGGCUUAUAAUGGAGAGAAUUUUUAAUGAAGCCUAAGCAUUUUUAUAUGUGUUCAGUGAAAAAUCAUCCAAUAAUAAAUAAACGCGCACAAUAAUACCAAUAUGCGCUGGGUGAAUUACUCGUAAUCUAGAGUUUUAUGUCGUAAAUCUAAUAAUUAUAUAUAAUUUAUUUAUGCAAUGUGAAUUCACUCUCAUUAAAUGACACGGUUGUAACAAAAUCGAAACGUGUUGAGCUAACCAUUUCCGGUUAAAUGCUAUAAGAAUAACAGAAGCUAACACUCAAUCAUCGGAUGGAGCUGGAUAGCUUUUGCUCACAAUAAAUGAAUUGUUAACUGAGUUUUCCUUCCGUCAUUGCGAAUGUUCUUUCGGGCACACGAACUGUAUUAAUGAGAAUAUUGAAUGUUGCGUUAAAAAAAACUGGCAUAAAUAAUAAUAAUCACACCAACCAUAAUACAAUUUAUAUAUACUUUUAAAUACGGAAAAUGUAAUUCAUAAAUUAAAUUAAAAGUAUAUAAAAUAAUGGACAAAACGAAUCCAAUAUUACCACUGCAAUCAAUAUACAUAACCAUUUAUUGCCAGCAAAGUCAAAUCAGGAGCAUGAAUAAUCGACAAAAAAAAAAAUAAGUGUUGUAAGUGCAAAUAAAAAGGAAAUAAAUUAAUCAGUAGUUAAAACGAA